UUGGCGGAUUGCCCAUUGAAGAAAUUUAGGGUUCUUGGCACAAGGUAGCUCGCUCUAGCGCCAGGGAAUGCCGGCGUUCAAGGCGGCCUUCAAUGGCUACUCGGUGGAAUUCAGUCCCUUCUCCGAGACGCUCCUGGCGGUGGCGACGUCGCAGAAUUUCGGGAUCAUCGGCAACGGCCGCCAGUACGUUCUCCAGCUCCAUCCCUCGGGCGGCAUCGCGGAGCUGUGCAGCUUCGACACCGCCGACGGCCUCUACGAUUGCACCUGGGCCGAGGACAACGAGCACAUCCUCGUCUCCGCCAGCGCCGACGGCAGCGUCAAGGUCUGGGACACGGCCCUCCCCCGCCACGCCAAUCCCAUCCGCAGCUUCGAGGAGCACGGCCACGAGGUUAACUCGGUCGACUGGAAUCUCGUCCGCAAGGACUGCUUCCUCAGCUCCGCCUGGGACGACACCGCCAAGCUGUGGGCGAUCGACGCGCCGCGAUCGCUCCGGACGUUCGCGGAGCACUCGUACUGCGUCUACACGGCGGUGUGGAACCCGCGCCACGCCGAUGUGUUCUUGACGGCCUCCGGGGAUUGCACGCUCCGGGUGUGGGACGUGAGAGAUCCUCACGCAUCGCUCGUCAUCCCGGGGCACCAGCUCGAGAUCUUGGCGUGCGACUGGAGCAAGUAUAACGAGUGCGUGCUCGUCUCUGGAUCGGUGGACAAGACGAUCAAAGUUUGGGACGUGAGGAAUCCCCGGAGGGAGAUGAGCUCUCUCCAGGGGCACGGCUACGCUGUGAGGAGGGUCAAGUUCUCGCCACACCACGCCAGCGUCAUAACUUCGUGCUCUUACGAUAUGACGGUGUGUAUGUGGGACUACAUGGCUCCAGAGGACGCGCUGCUCGCGCGGUAUGACCAUCACACCGAGUUUGCGAUUGGGAUCGACAUGAGUCCUCACGUCGAGGGAUUGCUGGCGAGCACCGCCUGGGACGAGACUGUCUACGUGUGGCAGCAUGGAAUGGAUCCUCGAGCUUGAAGCCAAGUUCUUCUUCUUCUCGGGAACUUUAGCUCCUCUUGAGAACGUUUGUAGUGAUUCAAGUGUCUUGAUCCAACAUCGCCCAUCUCCGAGCUUGAAGGUAUCAUUGUCUCCAGCUUCUUCUCGAGAAACCAAAGGCUAGUUUGAUGUUUCUAGCGCCUUAGUAACAACCUCUACUUGCAGUUUC